CUGACCCGAGAAGAACUCGAAAGGGCAAUAGGGACCUAUGGACCUACGUUGCUUCUCCACCCGGACGAAAAGUACAACAACACCUCCGUCGAGUACUUUCUCCAGCAUGCUACGCUCGUGUCCAAACGCGGCGCCGAGAUCCCCCAUCCGACCGUCGAUCAGUUGCCCCAGAGCGGAGAUCCCGGGGAGUACUGGCUACGUCUCGACUUGGAGGCAGCCAAAGCCGGCGAUUUCACUGCCGCAAAGGCCUACGUCCGCGCGCACUGGGUCCCGGGUCAGACCUACACCGACCUCCAAUUCUGGCUCUUCUCCGCGUACAACGGCCCCGGCUCCGCGCACAUCAACGGCCUAGUCUUCAACAAAAUCGUUCAUUCCGGCGACGUGGUCCUCGAGCCCCUCGGCGAGCAUUUUGGGGAUUGGGAAUGCAUUGUCGUCCGGAUCGAUCACCAGUCCAAGGAGAUGAGUGGGGUUUGGCUGUCGCAGCAUGCCAAGGGCCGCUUCUACACCCGGGACGAGAUAUACAGCAAUUUCAAAUUAUUGAGAGCUACACACCCAAUCGUGUACUCGUCUCUCAACGGCCACGCCAAUUACGCCUCCCCGGGCUUGAACCCCUCGGAGUACCACAAGGUUCCGCCGGGGGGUAUACCCGCGGGGAUCGAGUUCGAGCUCCGCAACGAUACCGCGGAGGGGGGCAGGAUCCUCGAUUGCUCGCAGAAGUACGAGCUCAUCUCCGCCGAUUUCCUCACGGGCGCGGAUGCGAUUCGCGAGCCGAAGUGGGUGACGUACCCGUUCCGGUGGGGUCCGGAGGGCACGGCGACACAUAUGAGUCCGCACGAUGUGGGGGAGAUCCUGCGGGCGGCGUUCGGCGAGCGGGUGCCGGAGGGCGUCGUGAAGGUGGUGGAUGAGUUGGCAGCGCUUGUUCUGCCGUAUUUCGUGAAGGAUGAUCUGAACGGCGCGGAAGCCCCGCAAACGCAUGAUGCUUGGCGCGGAAGCUAU